AUGUUCCACAGGCCAUGGGACUGUCAGCGAGCGCCUCAGGGCGAAAAGCUGGUCCUGGGGGAAGGUCCCUGGGGUCCAGGACCUCGCUUCCCCUCGGGCCCCACCUGCGUUGUCCCCAGAUGCCGAUGCCGCGGCUGGCUGGUCCUGGAGGACCCUCGUCGCCACUGCCGGAUUCUCCACGCGAUCCUGGCAGGAUCGCGCCCCGGGAGAGGUGCGGGGAGUGGCGGUCGGUAUCUUCUUUCGGAUGUUUCUAGCAGUGGUCCCGGCCCCAGGUGUCCCCAGCUUUGCCUUCCAUUUUGGAGUCGCUGGGGCCCUCUGGGCAUCGUGAGGGGUGCUCCUGAGGCCAUCUGGGCCUCCUCGGGGAUCUUGGGGACACCUUCGGCAGUCCCCGAUCAUUGUUCCCCCAGGAGCGCCGACGACGAGCCUGACCAGGCGGAGCGCAGGGCGCUGAGCGCCGUGACCAGGCGCGCGGCUCAAUGCCGCGGCUACGUGCUCGGGGGCCAGCGCACCGUCCUGCUGCGGCACGUGUCCGCGUGCGUCGAGGGCACGCGUGUCGUGUCGCCAUCUGCGGGCUCGUGGCCGGGCUGGCGCGGGGCGUGGGCCGGGCGGCCGACGGAGCUGUCCGUGAGGCGUGGCGCGGUCUUCGGCGUCGCCGUGGAGCUGUGCGCAGAGGGGCGGCACUGUGCCGCUGUGAGUGCUGCCUCCGCUUACCGUGCCGGAGGCGGCUUCACAUCUGGCGGCACGCACGCGCUGGAGGAGGCGAUGUGCGUGCAGAGCACGUUGUUCGAGUCUCUGGCCCAGGCCGAGAAGCUGGCCGCCGCCGCCCGCGUGACUGCGCCUAUCUGGGCCCGCCCGGCGAGCCGGCGAGACGGGUCCGCGUGGCAGUGCCACAUCCCCGACGACGGGGCGGUGCUGUCGCCACUCGUCGAGGUGUUCCGGCAGAGCUCGGACGAGGGCUAUGGUUUUGAGGACCGCGCGACCAGACUGGAGGCGGUCGUGUCCGUCGCCAUGCCGAACUGUAGCGAGCUCGUGGGCGACUCGCCGUUGGACGCGCACCCGGUGCCCGAGAGGUACGAGGCGCAGCUGCGAGGGAGGUGGCGCGCUGCGCUGACCGCCGCAGCUUACUGGACGGACGCAGACUGCCUGGUGGUUCCCGACGCGGGCUGCGGCGUGCUCUGCAACAAGCCGGGCAGCGUGGGCAAGGCCUUUGGCGAGGUGCUCCUGCAGGAGUUCAUGGGGCGCUUCGCAGAGGUUGUUAUCGCGUUCCCCGGCGGCCUCUCUGGCGAGGAGUUCGCGUCGGCGGCGAUGCAGGCUUUCCAGCCGCUGCAGCUGCCGCAGUUGCCGAAGACUUCGGCCGCAGAGCAGCCCCAGACGGAAAUGAGGCCUCCUGAUGUUUUGCACGUUGAUGCGCUCGGCGAGUCCAGGACGAGGGCCUUGACGGAUGGCGACACCAGCAUGGUCACACACGUGGACAUGAGCGCGCCAGCUGCGUUUGCGGCCGAAGCCAGGGUCCCGCCUUUCCUGCGGAACAAGCUGCCGACAUUCGGAGUGAACUAUGGAAAUCGGUUUGUUCCUGAGCAUUGGAUGUCGCAUGGCACUCGCAGAGAGAACGUUUUGUGGCAGGAUGUGGCUCCACAGGGCUGCGAACCCGAUUCCCAAACGCCGAAGUUGAGCCUGCCGGAUUUGGGCACAGCCAGGUUUGCAGAGCGGAUGCUGGAAUGGCUGGACCAAACGGUGCGGGAAGACGAUUUCAAGCACAUGCGUGAGCAAGGCGCGGAGGUGGUUCGCGUGCCGACGGGCUAUUGGAAUUGGAUCACGUAUGAAGGGGAUCUCGCCCCGAAUGCUCCACCGGAGCAGGCGGCACGCAUGAGAGUGCUGACGACCCUCGCGCCCAGCGUGUACAGACCCUACCUCCAAAACAUUUUCGCAUGGGCGAAAAACAACGGACUCAAGAUUUGGCUCGAUCUCCAUGCGGUUCCUGGAUCGGCCAACGGCCAAGACCAUGGCGGCAUCUGCAUGUCCAAGCCUUGCUGGGGGACAGAGUGGAACAUUCAAAAGUCGGUAGAGGCAGUGGGGACAAUGGCACAAUACGCUGCAAAGUGGGGAGACGUUUUAUUUGGACUCCAAGUCAUCAACGAACCCAACAAGUACAAGGACGACAUCCACGAGACUCUCAAGAGUUACUACAACCUGGCGAUCCUGGAGGCGCGUAAGUAUCUCCCUAUGUCCGUCCCUGUCAUUCUGUUCGAUUGGACUUACAACUUCUACAAGUGGCCCUCUGAUUGCUAUGGGGACCGGGAGAGAUAUGGCACGAUCUACUGGGAUACGCACAUAUACACCGUGGGGAAGCCCACUUCCAACACAAGUGAAACUAUGCAUGUGUACUGGCAGGACAUGGUGCAACUCGAGGAGUUCCACAAGCGUCAGAGAGGCGGUGUGAUUGUGGGCGAAUGGUCUCUAGCUGGCACUGAAUACGGGAGCUCUUACCCGUCCAGUGAGCUAAAGAAGGCGUACCAGAAGUUGAGUUCGUGGGUGGUCUGGUGCUUCAUGGAGCGGUGUAACGGUUGUGUUUUUUGGAACUGGGACGCGCGUAUUGCACAGUGGUCGUACCAAAAGUCAGGAUCGAUUGCUGACAUUGCCCAAUUGGGCGUCGAUUGGUUAGGCAUGAAGAGGCCACCAGCUCGGGAGCAAUGAUCGUUGGCGCGUUGUUUUGCCAAUCGUAUCUGCGCCAGCAUUUGUUUUUGUGUGUAAGCGAACUCGAUCUUUGUUUGCUUGAUGGUGUCAUGGCCUCUGUCCGUGAAUGCUGGUAUCGUGGCAAACCAGCUCUUCUCGAAGUAACAUUCUGCAUUGUUUACAGCGUCGGGUAUAUCGUAUCGUAUUUCGUCUGAGUUGUGCCGACGGGCUGGUUUCCACAUGGGCCUGGUGGAAUGCAAUUGUUCUGGCUGCGCCCAUCGGCCAUGGAUUCUGUGCAAAAUGUCAUUGAAUUGAGCAGUAGUACAUCAUGGCCUCCACAUCAAGCCGAGUAGCGGGUUGGAAGAUCCAGGACAAGAUAACUUGCAAGAGUAUCAGGCGCAGCAACAGUUCUACACGGGCUUGUUGCAAUUCAGUGUGCGUUGUUGUGUUCAAUCGUGUUGGAUGUAUUCGGUAACCAACGCCGUUGCAGUGUGGGAUGUUCUGGGGCCCACGAUUUAUUUUUUGGUGCUAAGCGGUGGCUGCCUUCGUGCCAGAGCUUGCUCUUGUUGGUCCCUGCCAAGUAGUUGAUUGGUUUGGCAGCGUGUUGGCAACUGUAACUGCAAAGCUUGCUUGAGUGUACACAUGUACGCUGUUCCGCAGACAUCGACGUAUUGUUCGUGCUGCUUGGGUGCGCCCAUGUUGUAUGCAGUUGACGGUCUGCCCUGCUGGUGUAUUAGAACGGUGCUUGGAGACGCGGUCAUUACUUUCUUGUUCAGCGCCUUGUCCCUCUCUGCAUAGCCUGACGCAACAAAACAGAGGGCUGGGCGUCCACGAUUCUGACGAGUCGGUUGUGUGUCACCAAUCUUCUGUGGGGACCGCGCGCAGAUAAUCGCCCCUCGUGCUCUAGGCGGGGUACUGGUGGCUUCCAGGGUGGCCUCGCAAGAGCGUGAAGCUGGGCUGCCUGCGCAGGCAAGAGGGGCGUCCUCGACCAACGUCAGCCCAAGUCGAA